AUGGGCGGCCGUCCGGAAAUCACAGAUCAAUCCACCCAUAAAUUAGUGAGAGCACAUGUGAUGCGUAAAUACAAAAGGGAUAGACGGAAGCAGAAAGAACAGGAACAAAGCGAGAGAAGACGGAAGUCAAACUCCUCUCAAUCGGACACUGUUCAUCAAGACAGCACAGCAAGCAAUAUUUUCCAAAGCAAAAGUGAACCCCCGGAGACACUUGCAUUUUCGAAUACGUAUAAUGCAGCAUUUGAUGUGGAUGCAGUACACAAUUCUAUAAUUAAUUUCUUGCCGGCUAUGGAUGCAAGACUGAAUCCAGUUCAUGGUCUUUCGAUCCCAGCAACUCCACGCGUUCUUAUGUUGCUAAGUCAGGGUAUAACAAACUCUAUCCGAACCUCAGUCCACUCAGACCCAACAAACACAUACAAGCUAUAUUGUAUGGGGAACCCAGCCUGGACUUUCAUGUCCAUCUCAUAUUCAGCAGCUCGUUUGGAGGUCUUGAAAAAUGAAGAUAACCAAGAAAGUGCAUACUACCUUUCAAGAUCACGAUCUGCUAUGAAUGAAAUUAUUACUACUUCUCCAAAUGAAGUCGAAGACUCCACCAUUGUGGCAGUAUCCUGUCUUUCAAACAUAGCGUGCCUGAGUGGAUCGGUUUCGGAUGCAUUGGUUCAUAUUAAUGGCCUGCAACGAAUGGUUGAACUCCGAGGAGGGCUCAAUAAUCUGGGGCUGUCAGGAAUCACACGCAGGAUGGUUCAAUGGUCGGAUCUCCUGUGCAGCGCAACUUUCCAAACCAAACCUCGAUUACCACGUUGGCAAUUCGAAAACAUGCCACCCUUGUCGACAUUUUUACCUGAGACGACAUCGACUUCUGACUUUUAUGAACCUCCCUUUAACUCGGUGUUAAAGGAUACGGCAAUUCUGUCGAAUCGAGUAGAGGUUCUAGAUGUGCUUAAAAAUUUACAUGAACUCACUACUUUUUUGAAUCUUUCCAAUAUCAAGGAGCUUCCAUUUGAAGCCGCUUAUCCGGAUCGCCUGUACGGUGUUGAACACAAGGUAUUGUGUUUAAUUGCCGAAGAAGAGAAAGAAGAAGUGGACACUGCGAACCGCUAUCAACAACACGAUAUUACCAGGCUUCUACUUCGUGUGAGCUUACUCUACAUAUACACGAAUCUACGACAAACCCCUAUUGGAGGAAAACUGCGCAGAAGAUUAGUCAAACGACUGCAAGAAUUCUUGAAUUGCAGCACCAAUCUGCCACUGUUGAUGGCGACAUUUCCUGCCGAGAUGCUUUGGACUUCCUUCCUUGGCUCGUAUGCCGCUACAGGUACUGACUAUCAGUCCUAUUUCAUUGAAAUAACAGAGGCUUUGUCUAGGGGUAACAGUCUCCUAUCCUGGGCCCACAUCAUCUCUUUUUUGAACAGUCUGCCGGUUCUGGAAGAUUCUUGCAGGAAAGCUUGCAACAGAAUAUGGAUGGAUAAUAUCGGAACACCUCAUAGCAUGCAACGCUAA